AUGUCCGCUUCACUCCACUCCCCAAUCCCUACCCCAGGUGUAUCCCUCAAGGAGCUCCCUGAGGACUGGCUGUGCCCCACGUGUGGGUCGGCACCUUCUUCAUUCGGCAGCCUCAGCAAGGAGCUAGCCGGGUUCGCCCAGAACCAGGCCUAUGGGUUGGGAGGCAACUCACUGACAUCAUCCAAGAAGGACGAUAAGAAGCAAGACAUCGGCGCGUUUGGGGGGCUGGACUGGAGAGAAGUGGCCCGCCCUGCUCCUCCCAUGCUGGAUUUGUCUAAACCACGGGUGUACUAUUUCGCCCUCGCCAAUGCUUACAGCCUCAUGGACAAGGGUGCGUUGCUAGAGGAGGUGCUAGCAGACGGCAUCAGGAGAAGUCAAAGGGGUGGUCGCGCGCGUGAUGUGUGGAUGGUGAUGGAGCCGGCGUUCCUGGACCAUCCGUCCCUGGCAUCACUCAAGGCAGCCAUUCGCCCGCCCACUGCUGCAAUCGUCUCCACCAAUGGCGACUGGAUGCUCACCAUCGUGCACGAAAUGCUGCCGCAGGCUACCAUCGGCAAGUUCUACGCCCCAACACCACAACUGCCUGACCCGCUAAAGUCCAAGCUCACUCCAGGGGAUGUUGCCUUGGGUGGCUUUGCUGCCAUGCACAACGCAUGGUGGCCGCAGAUCAAGCCGCUCUCAGGCACCGACAUUCCUAACAGCAAACGGGCAUCGAGGAAGCCUAAAACGGAUUCUGUUGCAGCAGAUUCCGCUGCAGCGCCUUCUGUUGCAGCCACGCCUUCUGUAGCAGCCACACCCACUGCUGAAUCAACUUCCGCUGCAGCGCCUUCUGUUGCAGCCACACCUUCUGUAGCAGCCACACCCACUGCUGAAUCAACUUCCGCUGCAGCGCCUUCUGUUGCAGCCACACCUUCUGUAGCAGCCACACCCACUGCUGAAUCAACUUCCGCUGCAGCGCCUUCUGUUGCAGCCACACCUUCUGUAGCAGCCACACCCACUGCUAAAUCGACUUCCGCUGCAGCGCCUUCUGCUGCAGCGACAGCCACUGGGUCGAGUGACAACCCCGCUGCUCCACCUGUCGGGCGCAUGGACGACCGAUCAGGUUGCAAGGGAUGUGAUGACGCUGUUUUUGAGGCGCCUCAAAAACUCCCUUCCGCCGCCGCAACAGCCACUGGCUCAAGUGAUGACGCCGCUGCUGCGCCUGUCGGGCGCAUGGACGACCGAUCAAGUUGCAAUGGAAGCAGUGACUGUACCGUUAUGGUGACAACAGAGGGGGUGGAGGAGCGGAGUGAUAUGCAAGCUGCUGCGGACGGAGGGCUUGAGCAAGCGGCUUCAGAGGCGCCUAAAAAAUCGGUCAUGGUGACAGAAGAGGGUGUGGAGGAGCGGAGUGAUGUGCAAGCUGCUGCGGACGGAGGGCUUGAGCAAGCGGAUUUGCGGCUGAAGGAAGGGGGGAAGGAACAGAGGGACGCGGGAGGAGGGGCGGAGGAGAAGGAAGAGGAAGAGGACGAAGAGGAGGAAGAGGAAGAGGAGGAUUUGUCUCUCACGGGCAGGGAGGUUUGCGCUUUCGACAACCGAGGGAUUGGCAAGAGCACGUGUCCCACGGACAAGAAAGCAUACACGUGCGUCUUUUCUAUUGGUGCUUCAGGUCAAGAGAGCCUUGAUCGACGGUUCUUCUCCGUCGGCACGAAGCUGGUGACGGCACGCACGCCCGAAUCUAGAGCGCGUUUGGAUCUUGCUGCUCAUUCUUUCUGUUCUCCCCUCCUUGUCUCCCUCAUCCCUCUCCCUUUCCCGUCGCCCCUUCCUGGACGCCAGCUCGACCGACGGUUCUUCUCCGUGGGUACGAAGCUGGUGACGGCACGCACGCCAGAGUCACGGGCGCGCGUGGAUCUGGUGAUGCACUUCUCAGAGGAGUUCAUGCAGCAGCUGGUGACAGGCAGCUCGUCCCAGAAAGACCUGCUGCACCUGGAGUACGUGCAGUAUCUGUCAGCGCCAGGGGCACUGCAGGCGCCACACGCUACCAGCGGGCCUUUCAACGCCGUUUGGACGCACAAGCUGACCCGAGAGAACGUUGACAGCAUCUUCAGCGCUCGCAUCCCCACCGCCGUCAUUCAUGGAGUGGACGACAUAGUUGCACACGUCUCCCUGGGUGAGAGGGUGGCCAAGCGACUGGCACCCGUAGCGCGGUUCAUCCCGCUCCCAGGGGCGCACAUGGUGGUGCGGGAGCGGAUAGAAGAGGUGAACGCGUGUCUGGGGGAGCUCUUUGAGACUGCGGAGGCAUGUGUGCCUGUGGAGCAGUGGGUGCAUCGGCGCAGUGAUGUGUACCUGCCUAACUCGGCACAGUAG